AUGAAAUACAUCGCCGUUGGUCAAAAUGAUGGAGUAAUUGAACUAUUCGAAACAGCAACUCUCAAACCAAUUCAUAAAUAUGAAGUGCACAGUAUGAAAGUGAGAAAAAUCGCAUUUUUGCCCGGAGAUGAACGAUUUUUGUCGGGUUGUGAUGAUAAAUUGAUCAAAUUGAACUCGUUGACGGAUUUGUGAGUUUUUUGGGAGGAACAUAUGAUUUGCCACGUCAUAUCUUUUAAAUUUUUAUCGAAAAAAAUUUUUUUUAGAUCUAAGUUUCAGCUCCAAAAUUUUUGCAAUUUUUAAAUUGCCACGUCAUAUCCUAACUAGAUUGUAUUCAAAAUUUUUCGAAUUUCAUCCCUAGAAAUCUCAAUUUCCAAAUUUUCAGAGGUCAAUCCGAAACAAAUCGAACAAAUCGAGCUCUUCGAAUUUACGCGGCUCACAGCGGACCAAUUUAUGGGCUAGAAAUUGAUGAAAAAAGUGGAGGAACACGAUUCGCCAGCUCUUCUUCUGCGCAGGUAUUUUUUUGGGAAUUUCUGAUUCCGGCAACGCGGAAACUUGCAAUUCAGUUCCAAAUUUAUCAGAUUUUGAACUUUCUAAAGUUUCUGAAAAAAUAAUUCGGAAUUUCGAACAUUUCAAGGGUUACUGUAGGGUUUUCUGAGUUUCCCAAUUUAAUUUUCUAAAUUUAAUUCAUGGUUUCUUGCAGAUCUUCCUCUGGCACAUUGAAAUUUCGACACCGAUUUCAGUAAUUCCAACAGAACAUUCAGGAUUGGUUAGUUUUUCCACGUGGCGAAUUUAAAAAAAUAGUCUGAAAUUUAAAUUUUCAGAUAACCGGUCUCUCAUUUUCCCCAACAAGUCGACAUUUAUUAUCAGCUGGUGAAAAUGCAUUGAUUUGCUGCUAUCGAAUUCCAGCAUCUGGUGAAGAAUCGCCAAUUCCAGAAGAAGAAGAAAUUCAAGAACCUGAAUCACAAGCACAAGAGGAAAAUAUGGAAAUUCCGCCGGCUGAACAUUUGGAGCAAAAUGAAUAUCCAUUGGAAUAUCAGCAAUAUGCAGCUGAAAAUUAUGCUGAAAAUCAGCAAGCUGCACAAUAUGAGCAGCAAUUAUAUCAGCAUCAAGAGUUGCCGCAAGAAUAUCCUCAAGAACCCGCUGAAAAUGUUCAUGAAUUUCAGCCACACACAAUUAAAACUGAGCCAGAAGCAUCGUAUUCUCCACCACCGCAAUUUUCACAACAUCCACAGAAACAGGAAUAUGAUGCAUAG